CAGGAGCCGGCCGAGGAUGGCGGCGGCUGCGUCUCCGGCUCGGGAGCUGACGCAGAACCCGCUGCAGAAGACGUGGGAGCCGUACGACAACGGGCUGCCGGCGGGGCACAGCGCGCAGCGCGGCGUAUGUAUGACCAACUGCCCUACGCUGAUUGUCAUGGUGGGUCUGCCAGCAAGAGGAAAAACCUACAUCUCAAAAAAGCUGACACGCUAUUUAAACUGGAUUGGAGUGCCUACAAAAGAGUUCAAUGUUGGUCAGUAUCGUCGAGAUCUGGUGAAGAAGUACAAAUCUUUUGAAUUCUUCCUGCCUGACAAUGAAGAAGGGUUGAAAAUCAGGAAGCAGUGUGCCUUAGCGGCGCUGAACGACGUCCGGCAGUACCUCAGCGAAGAGAAUGGGCACGUGGCUGUCUUUGAUGCUACGAACACAACUCGAGAACGCAGAGAAACCAUUUACAAAUUUGGUGAAGAAAAUGGAUACAAGACGUUUUUUGUUGAGUCAGUGUGUGUCGAUCCAGAGGUCAUUGCUGCAAACAUUGUGCAAGUGAAGCUGGGUAGUCCUGACUACGUUGACUGUAGUAAUGAUGAAGCAACAGAAGACUUCAUGAAAAGAAUAGAGUGCUACAAGAACUCAUAUGAGACGUUAGAUGAAAAUCUUGACAAGGAUCUUUCUUACAUUAAAAUUAUGGAUGUUGGAAGGAGUUACCUUGUGAACAGAGUGAUGGAUCACAUCCAGAGCCGGAUUGUCUACUACCUCAUGAACAUCCAUGUGACCCCUCGGUCAAUCUACCUCUGUCGACAUGGAGAAAGUGAACUCAAUCUGAAGGGGAGAAUAGGAGGGGAUCCUGGGCUGUCUGUCAGGGGGAAAGAAUUUGCCAAGAGCUUGGCACAGUUUAUUAAUGAGCAAAACAUCAAGGAUCUGAAGGUUUGGACCAGCCAGAUGAAAAGGACGAUUCAAACUGCUGAAGCUUUGGGAGUGCCUUACGAGCAGUGGAAGGUUUUGAAUGAGAUAGAUGCAGGAGUGUGUGAAGAAAUGACAUAUGAAGAAAUACAGGAAAAUUACCCUCUUGAGUUUGCACUGAGAGACCAGGACAAAUACAGAUACAGAUACCCUAAAGGAGAGUCCUACGAAGACCUUGUCCAGAGGCUGGAGCCAGUAAUUAUGGAGCUUGAAAGGCAGGAAAACGUGCUUGUCAUUUGUCACCAAGCUGUCAUGCGCUGUUUGCUCGCGUAUUUUCUUGACAAGCCUGCUGAACAACUGCCUUACCUGAAGUGCCCACUGCACACUGUCUUAAAGCUAACCCCAGUGGCUUAUGGAUGUAAAGUAGAAUCUAUAUUUCUGAAUGUCGAAGCUGUAAACACACACAGAGACAAACCCGAGAAUGUAGGCGUGGACCGGUCGAGAGAAGAAGCCUUGAGGACAGUACCCAACCACCUAUAGCUGCGGCUCCGGAGGCAGCAGCCCUUCCUCCAGCACCUGAGCACGGAGCGGCAGCUCGGCCCUGAGAACGGUGAAGGCGUCACUGGGCGGCGGGCAGAGCGCAGCUCCCCUCCGCCUUCAGACGUUCCCAGUGUGGUUCAGCUUCUUUGGAGAACAGCUGUAGUUGUGGUUAACUCCUGGUAGUGGUAAAAAGAGAUCCGUGCUGACGGAGUCCAGUUGGUUGUAGACUUCUGUACGUAAAGUUGUGCUGUUUCAGUGGCUUUUAGUGUUCAUCUGUGGAUACUGCAAGAUGGUUAAUUGCCCGUGUCAGUUUUACUGUCAGAUUUUAACUAGACUUUACUUUCUUUAAGUAAGUGUUUUUCUAAGAAUUUCUCUUAUUUCUACUGUGAAUCAUUGCCUAGAAUUACGGAGAGGCUUAUUUAACACAGACAGAAUCCUGCGUUUAGAGCAUUGGAGGCUUCGUGUUGCAAAUCUACUUUCAAUCAGAAAGCUCAUCAGCAAUGCUAGCUUCUGUCUCACUGUGAUCUUGGGUUUGCCCAAAGACGCUGAAGUUGUUAUGAGAGGGGAAGACUUUCCCCUGGGAAAACAAAACGAUUCCAGUGAGUUUCACCACCUGAUAGAUCCUGUGCUUGAGUGGGGUUGUGACAUUUUCCAGGGGCGGCUGUAGCGUGGAGCACUGUGGAGGGCAGAGCUUGAAGUAAUGGCUGUGGGAUGUGAGUGGGGGGCAGCAGCCUGGGCAAUGAGAGCGGGCAGAGCAGUGCCUGUGUGUGCGUGGCUGCAGGACGGCCUGGCAGCUGUUUGACCGCCAGCUGGGGAAGGGCUCAGGAUUUAGAGGCUGCAGGAGCUGCUUUUCUUUUUAGCACUGUGAUUUGGAGGCAGUUUUGGGAUGAAUUUCAACACGUAUGUUUCUCUUUAUAGCCACAUCUAACACAUACAUCAGGAAACAGUACAGAAAGGUGAGGUGGCAUUUCAACUUUCUUAUAGCUCAUGCGAGAAAACAUCAGGUAAAUUGUGAAACUUGUCAUGUGGCCUGCAUGCCUUUUUGUCUUUUAAUUGUUGUUGUUUUUAAGCAACCUCUUCGUUGCUAUUCUGUAGUUCUCUGUGAAACUCCAGUGCUACAAAUGGGCUUCUCUAUGUCUGUUGAGGGGACGACCUCCUAAGUACUAAACUGCUUUGCAUUCGGUGUGUUACCCUCAGCUGCUGUGAGCUGCCAGCACUGUGCUGGCUUUGUCCAGGAAGGAGGACUGCCUUGUUGUUGAUGGACGGUGCUUUUUCUUUUUGUUUGGUUGUUUGUUUGUUAAAUCUUUAUUCUUAAGGACUUCAAGUGACCGAACCUUUACCGCAAAAGGCAGCAGAACUCAGUUCAAUCCCUGUGUGAAAUACUGGGUCCUCAUAACAUCGUCUUGCAGGCUGGGGAUGCGCCGCCUUCUGUUCAUGCAGGACUUGUAAGAUGCUGUGCUGCUGUCGUGGUUUGUUUUAAUAAGCUGAUGUCAGCGAGCUGCUCCGUGCUGGAAGUAAGCCAUAUCACAUCACUGGGUUCCACUGCAGAAGAGGAAAGGGGAGGCACGAGGUGACCAGGAACACUUGCUGUGAGCGCUGCUGGCUCGAGCUGUGUGUGUCUCAGCCCUUUCUUCAUUCAGCUGUGUUCUUAGCUUUGUGUGAGGAGCGCCGCACGGUGCUGCUUAACUUAUUGAUAGAAACCAAGGCCAUCUUUGUGCAAAACGCACAGAACGCUUCCCCUCUCUGAUUUUGUGUUCUUUGCUUGGGAAAGCAGGGCUCUUCUCUGCUGUGACCGGAGCUGUUCCACAGCUCCUCCUUGAGAUGUGUGCCCCUGGGGCUGGGGAAGCAGGGGGCUGCGCCUCUGAGGAGCGUGGUGGAAGGAGAGGUUCCCCCCAGCGAGAGGUGAGCUGCAGGCUGCUCUUUCCUCCCCCUCUCUGUUUGACCUCUCUGCCCUUUCGGAGGUGCUGUAUGAUUCCUCAAAGCUGAAUGUUUUUCGUACAGUAGGUAUUUUUAUAGCCUGCUUUUGAAUAUACUGUGUUUUACUAAGUGGGUGUUGAGUUAAAAAAAAAAUAUAAUAAUAAUUAAAAAAAAGGUUGUAUAGGAGUGUAAAUAAACUGUUAUGCUGAUACUUGAAGAGAAAAAAGUUAUGAAGUUGUCUGUGGGACUUUAGGUACUAAAUCAUCAACUGCAUCCACCCCUUUCUAGCUGGUGAGAGCCAGUGUAGACAGUGAAUGUAAGCAUGCAGCGAGCUGCAUUCUGCCUGCUGUGUGACUUCUGUCUGGGAGGCGCUGGGGAGGACUGCAGUGCACCAGCAGUGCCCUGAGCAGCUGUCCAUGUCCUGCACUCUUUCUGCCACGCAGCCCUGACUGAAUCAGCACAGGGAGGUAAAAACCCUCGUCCUGGUUGUGUAGUACUUGUGUCUGUUCCGCUGCCUUCUGAUUAAUGCACUCGCUAGCUCAGAUGCAGACUUCUGAAUGAGAUUAAACUACCUGUUCUUACGUUGUUGGCCUUCAUCGUUGUAAUCUUUCAGACCAAUGUAAUUGUUUGACAUUUGAUCCAAGCAAUAAAGAUCAAAUGUUACACCCUGCA